AUGGAAACAAUGGAAGGUGUCACUUAUUCAAACCAACAGAUGGAUGAUGUCAUUCCAAACACAUCAUCAGCUCCUGAUUCUGUGGGAGAAGCAUUUAAACCUUUUGUUCCUUUAAUAUCCACAUCAAAUGCUGUGAUGGAACAGAUUCUUGAAAUUUUUCAAAACGCAGAAUAUAACAAAAAUAUUUGUAAUGUGUUUUUAGAUCGUGUAGAUUUUGCUUUAGCUUACAUUAAAACUCUAGAGCGUAAAAAAGAAGAAAAUCAACAUCUUUUUCGCGAUGAGAAUUAUUACAAGUAUUUUGUACGUUUUACCACUGUAUUAUCAGAAAUAAAAACAUUUCUCAAGGAUAUUACUCAUCUUUCUGGAUAUAGUAAAUACAAUUCAGCAAAAAAUUUCGAAGAAAUGUUUGGAAAUCUUACUCGAGAAGUUGAUACUGUCAUGAACAAUUUAAAAUUUAAAAUGAUUGUCACUCCAGAAGACCAAAGAUUAAUUGAUCAAAAAAGUUUAAAUGAGGAUCAUGAAAAAAUGAAAAAGUUUUGGGAAUCAAUCGAUGGUGGAAUUGUUGUUGAUAAAAAACAAAUGAACACAUCUCUGCAAGAAGUACUUAUCAUUAAAACUCAGGUAGAAUCAAAAGAGACUCAAAUAUUAGAAAAAGUAGUUGCCCCAGUCACAAUAUAUGAUGCUAUUUGUUUUAUCAAAAAAGCAUGA